AUGUUUUUGUGCAGGAUAUUUAGGAAGAUGGUGGUGGUGGUGACAUUAGUGGUGGUAUUGUUAAUCAUAGCAUCGGUGUUGUUAAUUCUUCAUUUCGUUAAUAACUCGAGUUCAAGUGACAAAUUUCCCUUUGGAAUUGGAGUGUACACAUACGAGGUGGUGUUUAAGUACAACCACAUCCACGACCCAGCCAUUGGCAAACAAAUAAAUGUGGGGUCAAAUGUUAUUCCGAUCAAUGAAGCACACUCGCCAUUCACACAAGGAUUAUUCUUUAUUGAUAAUGACACCCUGCUUGAAUCCUCCGGGUUAUAUGGGGCUAGCUAUAUCCGAGAAUUUUCUCUUUCAUCAGGGAAAACCAAAAGGUUUCAUAAUUUAAAAAGCAACGUCUUCGCAGAAGGUGUGGCAAUUGUCGUCGAGCCAAUGACAUAUAGGAAGUUUAUCCUGACCCUCACGUACAAGGAAAAAAUAAUUCUCGUUUUCGAUUAUGAAAGUAUGGAGUUGUAUCAUUCAUUCGAACAUGAGCUGGAUGGGUAUGGCCUGACCUCCAACAUCGACCUCCUACAAUCGGUGGAAGAUUUGAAGGAAGAUAAAUUUGUGCGUCAUCAGAAGCUGUGGACAACUACUGGGGAUAAUUAUUUAUACGAAAUUGAAAUUCCAUACGAAUUUUUAAAAACAAAAAAAUUGACCAUAUCAGGGAAGACACAAAUUACUUGUGCGGGUUUUUCCAUUUAUCAUGUGAAUGAGCUGGAGUACCAUGUGCAGGCCAAGACACUCUAUGCUAAUAUUUUCCUCACCAACCUGAUCCUGGAGAUUGACAUUUCCAAGGGCACCUGCCUCAAGAUCAUUGACUUGUCCGGCCUCGUCGAGAAGUGUGACAAUUACCAAGAAGGCAUGAAGAACAGGGAGUCCGUGCUCAACGGAAUAGCGAUCGACCCUCAGAACAGUAAGGCCGACCUGCCCAAUCUGCUUGUGACAGGCAAGAUAUGGCCCAACAUGUUUCAAAUCAAACUCGUAAGAAGUAUUAGCAAGUUGGAAGCCACUUCGGUUCUCAGUGAGUACUUCAAGUCGAUUGGGAAGAACGUAUCAUGA